AUGUACCCUAUCUUCAUCACCGAUGAUCCUGAUGCAGAGGAUGAGAUCCAAGGACUGUUUACAAGGAUGAAUGAGGGUCUUAACAAGCUUGUGCCUUUCCUUAAGCCAUUGUACAAGAAUGGACUUGCUUCUGUCAUUCCUCUUGCCCCAGAGGCCAAGCACCCAUAUGGCACAUCUGCUAAUGACCCGGUCGGACCUAUCAUGCAGGCCAUCCCUCUUCUCAAGAAACACUUUCCCAACCUUUUCAUUGCUUGCGAUGUCUGCCUGUGUGAAUACACCUAUCACGGUCACUGUGGUAUUUUGCACAAAGAUGGAACAAUCAACAACCCUCCAAGUGUGAAGAGAAUUGCUGAGCAAGGUGCUGACUGUGUCGCCCCCAGUAACAUGAUGGACGGUCGCAUCAAGGCAAUCAAGACUGGUCCAUUCAGGAAUGCGGCUGGCUCCGCUCCUGCCUUUGGUGACCGCAAGCAUUAUCAGCUGCCUCCCGCUGGACGGGGUUUGGCUCGUCGCGCUAUUACCCGGGAUCUUGCUGAGGGUGCGGAUUGUAUCUUGGUCAAGCCUGCAACUGCUUAUCUUGAUAUCAUCCGUGACGCAAAGGUGAUUGCACCUGAUGUGCCUAUUUCUGCUUACCAGGUUUCAGCGGAGUUUGCUAUGAUUCACGCCGCUGCUAAAGCUGGUGUCUUUGACCUGAAGAGGGUUGGCAAGGAGAGUUUAGAUAGCAUCUUGAGAGCCGGAGCAAACAUGAUUUUGACAUAUUUCACACCAGACUUCUUGGACUGGUUGUCAGAGUAG